UUCGGGUAUAAGUUAAAUAUGCAAGAGCAGCAAGAAGAACGACACGAUAUCGGUGGUGCCGAUUGUUGCUAUCAACAAUGGCCGACGCAGCAACAGCCACCGCAUCAACAACUGUCGAUGGUACCGUCACCGAUGCAACAAAUGGAAGCGUGUCUACAAAGCGCAGGCAGAGUAAAACGAUCCCGAAGUCCAAAUUCGAGCAAGUCCUCUUUGGCGUCGGGGCACGCUUCGAAUCCGCUGGCAGUAACAGCGGUAGGUACCUCUUCCUCUUCGGCGGAUCUUCGGAACGACAGGAACAAUAAUAAUCGACAUCACGGCGAUCACCACCAUCAUCAUAAUAAUCAUCACCAUCGACGUAGAAGCGACGAGGGAAGCGAAGAAAUCGGCUCGAAGAGUCCGCCGCUUCAUCCGGCACUCGCCGGAGCUGGGGCAGCGCUCGAAGCUAAACCACUUUGGGAAGAAUUCCAUCAAUUGGGAACGGAAAUGAUCGUGACCAAAGCUGGAAGGAGAAUGUUUCCUACUUUUCAGUGUCGACUCUUUGGUUUGGACCCAAACACGGAGUAUCUUUUGGUCAUGGAUUUCGUCCCGUGCGACGACAAGAGAUACAGAUACGCUUUUCACAGCAGUGCUUGGGUCGUAGCUGGUCGAGCCGAUCCAGUUUCCCCGCCAAGGAUUCACAUGCAUCCUGAUAGUCCUGCCAGCGGAGCUCACUGGAUGAAGCAACCGGUCUCUUUCGACAAACUCAAACUCACCAAUAAUCAACUCGAUGACAACGGCCACAUCAUCUUGAAUUCGAUGCACCGAUACCAACCGCGAUGUCACGUGGUGGUCGCCCCCUCUCCUCCAGGCUCGGCACCAGAUCCAAGGACGGAAAAUUUCAAAACGUUCUCCUUCCCGGAGACGAGAUUCACCGCGGUCACGGCUUACCAAAAUCAUCGUAUAACGCAAUUGAAAAUUGCCAGCAAUCCUUUCGCCAAGGGAUUUCGGGAUUGCGAGUCCGACGAUUGCGACACAGUCCAAUCACCCGUUUCCUCGGCCAUGCAGAAUCCCGCUAAGAGAACGGCAUCCAGUUCUACCAGUGGCACCGUAGUAAACGCUGCUAACUCUAACGUUAUUUCCGCGAGCGGAUAUCCGAACGCUAUUAUACCACAGGGAAUGCAAAUAUCUAGCUUGUCCACUCAAGAACAUCAUCAUCAUCAUCAUCAUCAUCAGUUUUACCCUACGGCUCCUUCGGGACCUUGGUCCUCUUAUCCUCCUCCCCCGCCUCCCCCGCCGCCACCUCAUCCACAUCACCACGGACAAUCCAAUCCUCCCGUAAAUUCCUCCCUUCAUUAUCCUCAUCCUCAUCCGCAUCACGCGCAUCCUGGUACUACGUCUCUUUACGGACCGCGAUAA